AUGAUAAAACGUCGAAGAAUAGUCCAAGCUGAUAAAAUUAUACAAAACGUUGUACACGUUUUUACUUUGCUUAUGUUUUUACAACUAAGAGGCUUUUAUUCUAUGUCUACAAAUCCUGUUCUUUUGUAUUCAACUGCUGCUGAUAUCAGGGUUGGAAAUCUGUCUAGAAUAAGUAAAGCAACUCCAAUAAUCAAGGAUUUGGAACAAGGUUCUGCCGUUGACUUCUUGCAUAAGCAGAGUCUUGUUUGUUGGUCUGAUCAAACAGCGGAAUUGAUACAAUGUAUGAAAUACAAUGAAACUGCUACUGGUGAUAAAAUAAAAAUAGUUUCUGAAGGAUUAAUAACACCCACAGGAAUUGCGAUAGAUUGGUACACAAGUAAAAUUUAUUGGACAGAUGGUGAAACAAACAGAAUUGAAGUGAUCAGUAUGGAAAGUAAACUUCGCAAGGUUCUAUUUUGGUCUGAAGUUGAUUUGGCUAUUGCUAUAGCUGUUGUCCCUCAAUCAGGAUUAAUGUUCUGGACAGAUUGGGGUGAAACUCCUAAAAUAGAGAGAGCAGGCAUGAACGGUGAUCCUGCGACUCGUAAAGUAAUAGUUAAAGAUAAUAUAUUCUGGCCAAAUGGUAUUACUAUAGAUUAUAACAACAAUUUGAUAUACUGGGUCGAUUCGAAACUUCAAUUUGUAGAUGUCAUAGACUUUGAUGGCAAUAAAAGAAAGAAAAUUAUUAAGACCGGCUUAAACUAUCCAUAUGCAUUGACAUUCUUUAAUGAGAAACUAUAUUGGACAGACUGGAAAACAUGGGCAAUAUAUACUUGGGAUGUUGGUUCAAUUGGUCCUAUUAAGGAGUUAGUAAAAACAGACUCAGUGCCUGUUGACAUUAAGGUCUAUGACCAAGAUAGACAAAUUAUACCCAGUGAAGAUUACCCCUGCAAAAUUAAUAACCAAGGAUGUUCACAUUUGUGUUUGUUAGCACCGACUGCACCUGGCUAUGUGUGUUCUUGUCCAACGGGUGUUAAGUUAAAAGAAGGUAGCAACACCACAUGCUAUAAUGGCCCACAAUCUAUGUUGAUAGUAGCACAACGUUCUAUGAUAUCCAAGAUUUCUCUGGACUCACCUGAUUUUACGCCGUACAAUAUUCCUCUGAAAGAUUUAAAAAGAGUUGUUACUGUGGAUUUUGACCCAAAAACUGAAUAUAUAUAUUGGGCUGACAGUGUAUCAAAAACGCGAUCAACUAUAUCUCGGAGUCGUCUGGACGGCAGCGAGCAGUCAGUCGUGAUACACGGCGGGGGGGUUCCAGACAGUAUAGCGAUAGAUCCUCUCGCUAGAAACAUAUAUUGGACUGAUCCUGUUUCUGACACUAUCACUGUUGCAAGGCUCGAUGGCAGCUCUAAGAAGGUCAUAAUCCACGAUGAGCUCUACGACCCGCGCGCAAUUGCUCUGCACCCAACGGCCGGUUGGAUGUUCUGGUCGGAUUGGAAUGAAAAGAAGCCGAAAAUAGAGCGAGCCAACUUGGACGGAGGAGAGCGAGUGCUCCUCGUGGCGGAAAGGGUCACUUGGCCCAACGGAAUCGCUUUGGACACACAACACAACAAGUUGUACUGGGGGGAUGCACGCACCCACAAGAUCGAGGUCAUCAAUAUGGAUGGGUCACAACGGCGCGAAUUGCACAGCAGUGAAAUUUUACAUAUAUUCGGUUUGACAUUGCUCGGACGGAAUCUCUAUUGGACGGACAUACAGAGGAGAACAAUGGACAGGAUUAAUAAAGACACUGGAUUAGAACGUCAAGCAGUGGUGGAACAGAUGGCUAACAUGAUGGGCGUUAAGGCGUUCCGCGUUGGAGAACCGCUGGGGAAGAACGCGUGCGCUGAAAACAAUGGCGGCUGCUCGCACUUUUGCUUCAACAGACCUCACGAUUACGUUUGCAGUUGCCCCUUGGGUUUAGAACUCGGCAGUGACAGGAAAAGUUGCAUAGAGCCAGAAGCCUUUCUUGUUUACAGUCGCAAGAACAUCAUUGGCCGUUUGAGCGUUGAGAAUGAACACAAUGACGCGGUACUUCCUAUUAAGGACGUGAAGGAAGUUAGUGCUCUCGCCGUGCACGUGUCCGGCUCGAAGCUGUAUUGGUCGGACAGUAAAACCAAAACCAUCAACCGAUGUUCAGUUAAUGGCUCCAACAUGGAAAAGAUUCUGGAAUGGAUGGGACUAGUUGAAGGCUUAGCAAUCGAUUGGUCUGGACAAAACAUCUAUUGGACAGACACGGCUGCGCAGAGAAUCGAAGUAGCCAGGCUGGACGGGUCCAGUAGGCGCACACUCAUCUGGCAAGGGUUAAAGAAACCAAAAAGUAUCGCUCUGGAUCCAAGAAAGGGGUACAUGUACUGGUCUGAGUUGGGUUCGAAGACGAUAAAGCGAGGGUCCAUGGACGGCUCCUCCAUUACCACCCUCAUCGAAGGGGCAGGCCGGGUGCACGCUCUGGCUAUAGAUUACGAGCGACGCGCCAUUUAUUGGGCAGCCCUGGAUCCCCCGAGCAUAGAGUACGCUUUUCUCAAUGGGACGGGCAGAAAAGUUCUAGCCGAUAACAUUCCGAUGCCGUAUGCGCUUACGUUAUACGGCGAUAAGGUGUAUUGGGGUGACUGGAAUACUGGACUGAUUGAGGUGGCAAAAAAGAUCGAUGGCUCUAAUCGUAAGACUAUCCAUACUCAAAUGGACUAUAUAUCGGAUUUGCGCGUGUACCAUCGAGCCAGGGAUUCGCUGCCUAAUCAGUGUGGCGUGGAUAACGGGGGAUGUUCACAUCUUUGUCUUCCUCUUCCAAAUAACGACUUCCGCUGUGCUUGUCCGGCGCAUUUCCGUCUGAAUAGAGACAAUAUAACUUGUUCUGAACCAGAAGAGUUCCUCCUUUUUGCCCAGAAAAACGCUGUUGGCCGGAUAUUGGUGGCUAACGCUGAAUGCAAUGAUGCGUUUAUCCCUUUGACAGGCCUCAAGAGCGUGAAGGCGAUAGAGUACGACCCCGUUGAGAAGUACCUAUACUGGAUGGAUGACGACAGUCACGCAAUACGACGCGUACCCAUAUCGUAUUCCGCCACUUCAGCUGUCACUGACUCUUCAAUAGUCGUUUCUGGGCUAUCGAGACCCUUCCACAUGGUGUUAGACGCUCUCGGCAGGGCUCUAUACUGGACUUGCCUAGACACGGAUUCCAUAAACGCGACUUCGAUAGAGAAUAAUUCCUCUACGGGCGUGAUCGUGCGCGGCGAGAAAAUGAUGCCUAGGCACUUGGCGCUACAUCAGACAAAAAGAUUGCUGAUCUGGAGCGACGCAGGCUUAGGAGUGAUAAUGCGUUCGAGCGUGGAUGGAACUGCUCAAAUUGAACUGGCUCGCGUAUCUAACGUAACUGCUUUAGCGUUGGACGAAUCAACCGGCACCGUAUAUUGGGCUGUCGCUAGGCAAAUACACGCCGUCGAUUUAGACACUUCUAACAGACGCAUUGUAUGGCAAGGCGGGUGGGUGGGCUCGCUAGCUGCUUACGGCGGCUCGCUGUACUUGGGCGGUGGUGAGCGAGCACUCAUGCGCAUCCCCCUCCACCGACGCGACGCACCCGCUACUCCUGUUCAACAUAUCGCCAAACUUAUUGCCGCCAAGACUGUACAUCGGGUCCCCAGAGAGCAUCCGUGCUUCGGCGGUGGGUCCUGCGGUUCUUCCCCGGGAUCGUGCGGCGCUGGUGGCGUUUGCGGCUGUGGCCUGCAGUGCGCGCACCCACGCCGAACGCGCCCGUGCUCAUCCGGCCACUUCCUCUGCGGGCAACUAGAUGUCGCCACGGAUGCUAUCGACGAUGCGCAUGCGCCGUGCAUACCCAUGUUUUGGAAGUGCGAUGGCCAGACGGAUUGUCCAGACGGUUCAGACGAGAGAUCGUGCGACGCGUGCGGCGGUGGGGUGCGAUGUGCGGAUGGCUCUUGCGCCCCAUCUCUGGGAGCGUGUAGCACGGGCGCUUUUUGCCACGCCAUGCCGCUGCCAGAUGCGUUCCGAUGUGACGAUCGCUUAUGCCUCGCCUCAAGGCUGUUGUGCGAUGGACACCAACACUGUGAAGACGGUUCGGAUGAAGCUCCAGCGGCUUGUGGAUACGUACAGAAGGAUACAGUUUUAAGCGGAAGUACGGGGCAUCAGUGGCACGCAGUGGCGGUCUGGUGCGCUGUGGGCGGCGCGUGCGCAGCGUUAGUGGGCGCGGCGGCUCUCUUCCGAAGAUGCCGCUCUGGGCCACCGCGUCGCUUACCCGCGCCUGUUAGUCCGCUCGUGUACACCAAGCCACCGCCAGAUUACGCCAGAACAAGGAUCUCACUGCCAUCUUCAGAUGCAACCGGGUCGGCAUCCGCAUCGGAUAGCCUCUGCGGCCGGUAUCCCCGGCCCACGGCGAACCCGCCCCCUAGUCCGGCGACAGCAAGUGGUAGUCGACGUCGACCCUACCGGCAUUACCGUUCCUCGAACCGGCCCCCACCACCCACCCCCGCCUCGACGGAUGCCUGUGAAUCAGAGCCAGAGCCGGCUGCGCGUGCGCCGCCUCCCUCGCCGGCGCCGCUUUUGUAUUGA